UCCGCCUUGAGAUUAGUGCCUUUGUCCAAAAAGGGCUCCUUCCUCCCGCGAAGCAAAGAACGCGAGCAGAAGGCCUCCAUCUCCAUUCUCCACGCCUUCGCUCUGUCUCUCUGCGAUCUCUCUUCAAUCUUCACCUCUUUGUAUUCUUCUAGAUUAGUCGGCAUGAAGAGGCCUCGAUUGUUGUUGCUUUUCCUCUACCACCUCUCCGGUUUGAUUCCUGGGAUUCUUUCAUCAAGAGUUGUCACUCUGGGUUCAAUUGAAAUCUUUGAUACUCAUGAGUGGUUUGGUUCAAAACCAAAUGUUUAUUUUCAAUGUCGUGGAGAGAACAGAACGUUUUUGCCAGAUGUAAAGCAGUCACACUUACAGUAUACCUUCAAAGGAGAAGAAUCAUGGCAGCCUCUGACGGAGCUGAACGAAAAGAAAUGCAAGAGAUGUGGCCUGUUUGAAAUGGAUUCUUUUAAGCCAGAUGAUGUAUUUGAUGAAUGGGAGCUCUGUCCUGGUGAUUUCGUUGAUGGAAAAUACGUUCAAUUCAAGGAUAGAGAGGUCAAUGCCACACUUAUAUGCCUUGAAUGCAGUGAUUCCAAUGGUACUCAAAGUUCGAGUUCCAAUGGGGCUAGCAUCACCAGAAAGUCAAGUGUGGCUCUUGUGGUUGUCAUCUGUUUAUUGACUUCUAUCAUUAUGAUUGCUGUGACGACAGUAAUAUAUAAAUACUGGCAGAAAAGAAAGAGAGAACAAGAUCAGGCACGAUUUCUAAAGCUCUUUGAAGAAGGCGAUGACAUUGAGGAUGAACUCGGUCUCGAUCCAGUUUAAGAAUGACGGUCAGUCCAUAGCUUAUUUUUCAACCCUGGUCCCUUACCAUCAUGAAUCUUUGCCCAUAGACCACUGUAACAUCACUAUAUAUAAAUGAUGCUAAAUUUUCCACUGUGUAAAUUUUGAUGGCAACUAUACAUGUGCAGACAAUUAUUUCUGAUUAAAAGCUGGAGUUAU